AUUGAUAAGUGACAAUGAUAAAACUAGUAAUCAUCUUUCCACCAGCCCAGUCUUUUUUUCUAAAACGUACUGCCAACAUCAAAUUUAAAAUGGCUAGCCAAAUAACUGACACCCAAUUGGUUAAAGUCGUGGAGGAAUUUGGGGACCUGGACGAUCAAGGAAAUAUCUCUGGUGUCGAUCCAUUUGAAAGGUUCUUUAAUGAAACCAUAGAGUGGAGCGACAGUAUUGUCGCCAGGGAGACGUCAACUCCCAAACAACAGAACGCUUCUGCAUCAAUCAUCUUAAUUGAAGAUGAAGAUGAAUCCCCUCGACAAUACCAGCAGUAAGUAGAUUUUAUAUUCAUAUCACUGCAUUA